CAGGGCCGGAGGCGCGGGGAUAGGUAGAAGGAGCACCAUGUCCGCGGAAGUCCCCGAGGCAGCGUCGGCCGAGGAGCAAAAGGAAAUGGAAGAUAAAGUGACUAGUCCAGAGAAAGCUGAAGAAGCUAAGUUAAAAGCAAGGUAUCCUCACUUGGGACAAAAGCCUGGCGGUUCUGAUUUUUUAAGGAAACGAUUGCAGAAAGGGCAAAAGUAUUUUGAUUCUGGGGAUUACAACAUGGCAAAAGCAAAGAUGAAGAAUAAGCAGCUUCCUGCUGCAGCCCCGGAUAAGACAGAGGUCACUGGUGACCACAUUCCCACUCCACAGGACCUUCCUCAGCGGAAACCAUCCCUGGUUGCUAGCAAGCUGGCUGGCUGAUUAAAAGAACUGAACUGCAUGAGUCUUCUAAUGUCCUUUAUUUCUCCUUAUUGCGUUACUUAUCCACUUUCUGUUUCCUUUCCACUCACUAUGUCAUUUGAGACUGACAGCUUUGCAGGUAGUGGUAGUGUGUGCUACUGUUGUAAGGGAGCAUACAUGUGUAGAGGUUUUGGUUAGUUUUACAGUGCACUGAUACAGAGGACAUGUAACAGCAACAUAAGUAAUUGACGUGACAAUAAUUGUACAUAUAUGGCCUAACUGUUGUAGGGCUGGCUUCAACAAGUAGCAAGCAAGUUUUACAGCUUGAAUGCUUUUUUGGCUUUUCUUACUUCCUCAUAGUUACAGCUUUAUAUGUUACUCUUAUUUAAUAGAACCUCUGUUGUAUUGAUUUCUUCUGUAUUUUCCUUUUGAAUUUUGUAAGACAAGUUUAAGAUCACAAGUUGGAAGACAAGUCACAUAAUUCAAACACAAGUUAAUGGGCUGCAAAAGAUUUGAAUAACUGCUUGGACUUGACGGCCUUAAACCUGCUGUUCCAGCUGUAACAAGAGCAUCUUACCUGGGCGAUAUUUGCCCAUUCUGGUGUGGUUUGUGUGACUCCAGUGCUUACCAGCUGUCAUUGAAGCUAGUACUCUUCCUCGGUUCUACAGUGUGGGGACAGCUUUCUUUGUUGAAGACAUGAAUGGGUGUGCAUGUGCACUGACUAUUGCAUUCACUUUUGUGCCAUUUUUGUAAAUACAAUAGUUUUGCACAACCUUUUACAAAUGUCUGUAUUAAUUUCAUCAUAUUAGAAAGUAGAAAAUGUGCCAACCAGAAGCACAAGAAUUCCUACACAAAUCUGCCUGCCAUUACUGCUUUUUUAUAAGAAUAGUUUACAAUCUUAAGCUUAUUAGAAAACCAAACUGAAAUAUACUCAGCCUGCUACAGAGUUAAGCUUUUCAUUUGUUACUAAUAUUCAUGACUUUCAGUGGCCUUGUACAAAUAUGAUAUGUUGCUUAGGCAUAUCUUUUGUUCUAUGCAGAACAUUUCAUUUUGACUUUUACAGAAACCAUCUAAUCGAUAUAAACUUUCUUACUGUAGAAACUUUUUACUUCCACACUCAAGUUUGGGGACACUAAAGUAAAAGCCUUGCAUUCUCUGCCUUCUGUUUCUUCUCAGCCCCUAUCUUCUCUUUACUUUGCUUCUGUGACUCGUAUUGGGCUGUUCCAUUUAUAUAAAAGCAUAAUGUAUCUUAUCUUUACUUUUUAAACUUGCUAAAAUAAAAGGACUUUUGUGGGGGGUUUUGUUAUGCUGAGGAUCAAACCACUGUCUCAUGUGUGCUUAGCAAGCACUGUACCUACCACAAAACUACACUCUUAUCCCUAAGGGAACUUUAUAAUGAAGCAAGUAGUUGAAAAGUUUGGUCUAGGAAACUAUGUCAAAAUAGGCUGAAAUCUGGUGAAUAAUGAUGAACUAGGAGAAUUGGGCUUGUAACAAUUAGAGGGAUUUAUAUGAUAGGCAAAACAUUCAGAUUAAAAUAUUUAGGUCAUGUCCGAUGCAUGGCAUUUUAAUAAAAUAGCAGUUUAGUUUUACUUAGACAUUAGCACUUUAUUGGGACACAUUUACUGUUAGCGCUCCCCCUCUCACCCUCCAGGAUGUCGAGCUGUAGCAUGUUAAGCAGUAGCAGCCUGAGCUGAUGCAGUUCUUCCUUUUCAUCUCGGGCUGGAGGCCCAAGAGGCCUCCGCCUCUGGAAUCCAGGCAUCAUUUGUAUUAUGGCUACAUUUGUAAAUCUGCUUUCCUGUGGUUCCACACUAGUGAUUGGUCCUGCUUGAUUCAACCUGAGGCAGAAAAGCAACACUUUACACUCCAUGUUGACAAUUUUGCAGCGUAAUUCUGUGAGUAUAUUUGUAAUGAGCAGAUGGGUUAUUUUGUAAUGUGUGCAGUUUAUCAUAGGAUUGCUAUCUAGUCUUUUUUUACGGAUAUUUGCAAGCCCAUUACUAUUAAGUUCAAACACUAGGUAGAUGAAUCUAAGGGUGACCAUGCUUCCUGAACACCAGAUUCAUAGUCUAUGACAAGUGAGUAACACCUGCUGGAGUUUUGUGAAAUAGGACACUGAUAUUUAACCUACCUCAAGACUUGAGGAUCUGUGAAAUACUAAGUGCCCCAAAUAAAAGCAGUCUUUAUCAAAAGUAAAUUUCCUCACUAAACCAACCUGCCUUCUAUAAAGUAGCAGUGCUUAAGUAAAAUCUCAGGAUUUUCUUCAAGAAAAGACCUGUUAAGGAUUUGUACGAAUAGCUGCAUGGCUUCCAUUGGUGCUUGAGAGAGGUUUUACAUUUCCUGAUUUUUGUUCUGCCUCAAAGUUCAGUUGUAGAUAUUUUCGCAGGCUCUUUGGUCAUCAUUUAGUGAAGAUUUUGAUGAAAUGAACUUAAUUGUCCAUUUCUAUGUCAAAGUUGUGUCUGGGGAGUGGCUAAUUUUAACGUUAAAGUAAAUUGAAAUUGAUAAAAAUACUAAAGGCAAAUUGGCUAAUGUCUAAAUCUGUCUUGUUCAGUGGUUCAUAGGAGAAACAUCCUGAAGGCUCCAUCUGACUUCACAGUUGCAGCUCGUGUCUAGUUGGAAUAGCAUUUGGAUGGAUUGGAGGGAACAUGUUUGUAGUCUACAAGUUGUUAAAGAAUCUUGUACUGCUGCUCUGGAAAUAAUGUCCAAGCUAUUGAAGGCAGUCAUGCCAAGGCCACUACUUGUUAUUACUUCCAUGGUUACAAUUAGUUGCUCUUAUUACUUGAUGUCAUCAAAAUAUACCUCUGAAUAUGUAUUGGUAGUCAUUACUAAGUCAGACUUGUAUUCUUAAUCUGAAUAUCACAGAGUCUUGUAUCAAGCUGAAUUAUCAGCCUAAACUCUGCUGUAAAUUUAGUGUUUGGUCAAAAGCAGGUAGCCUAUGGAAAGAGCUGUUCUGAGGAGUUACCAAGGCCUUGUCUGUUUUGGCCUCGUCACACCCCCCAACAUUCAAACUCAUUGUAACCUAAUUCCCUCACCAUGUCCAGCCCUUACAUGUAAGCACUUAUAUCUUGUAAAGCACCAUCUCCCAUCUCAGCACGCACUGCCAGUCUUACCUGGCUUUCUCCAACUUGUUACUGCCACUUUUAGAAACUGGGAUCAAAAGAACCUGUGGUGUCUCAUCUAUAGAUAACAAUUGGAUAUUCUUGGUAGUUCCAGCUUUUGAAGUAGGUAGGUCUGUGGGUUUCAUUCUAUAAAUUACUGGUGGUGGUGACACCCAUAAAUGUAUGAUCAUAUAGUGUUUAUCAACUAAGCAGCAGUAAAAAUAAACAUCUAACUCCUUUAGUUCCUUGCCCUCAAUUCUGGCACUGCUUCUCCACUGUUUGAUAUGCAGUAGGACACUGCCUGUAUGCAAAGGCCCAACAUAAAUGCCUUUUCGUGUUAAAGAUGUCUGUAGAGUUGGCGGUUAAUGCUGAAGUUUGUCAAAUAGCCCUUCCAAACUUACAUUUGUAAAAUACACUCGAAAUAAAUGGAUCUACCUAAUUUUUAUUGAUUUUAA